UCGCAGCAUGCUGAGGCGGGGCAGCCAGGCGCUCCGGCGCUUCUCCACCGGCCAGGUUUGUUUCAAAAACAAGCUGAAGCUGGCACUUAUAGGCCAGAGCCUCUUUGGACAGGAAGUUUACAGCCACCUCCGCAAAGAGGGCCACCGAGUAGUAGGAGUGUUCACUAUUCCAGACAAGGACGGAAAAGCCGAUCCGCUGGCUUUGGCUGCGGAGAAAGAUGGGACCCCUGUGUUCAAGUUCCCUAGAUGGAGAGUCAAGGGCAAGACCAUCAAAGAGGUGUCAGAAGCCUACAGAUCCGUGGGUGCCGAGCUAAACGUGCUUCCCUUCUGUACACAGUUCAUCCCCAUGGAUGUAAUCGAUAGCCCAAAGCAUGGUUCCAUCAUUUAUCACCCCUCCAUCCUGCCCAGGCACAGAGGAGCCUCUGCUAUCAACUGGACUCUAAUUAUGGGAGACAAGAAAGCUGGGUUGUCUGUUUUCUGGGCUGAUGAUGGUUUAGAUACAGGACCCAUCCUUCUUCAGAGAUCCUGUGAUGUUGAACCCAAUGAUACGGUGGAUGCACUUUAUAAUCGAUUUCUUUUUCCUGAAGGAAUCAAGGCCAUGGUAGAAGCUGUCCAACUUAUAGCCGACGGAAAAGCUCCUCGUAUUCCCCAACCAGAGGAAGGGGCAACAUAUGAAGGUAUCCAGAAAAAAGACAAUGCCAAGAUUUCUUGGGACCUGUCUGCUGAAGUUUUACAUAACUGGAUCCGAGGUCAUGAUAAAGUCCCUGGAGCUUGGGCAGAGAUAAAUGGAGAGAUGGUCACGUUCUAUGGCUCAUCAUUACUGAAUAGCUCUGUGCCUCCUGGAGAACCACUGGAAAUUAAAGGUGCUAAGAAGCCGGGUCUUGUUACCAAAAAUGGACUUGUUGUUUUUGGUAAUGAUGGAAAAGCCGUGAUGGUGAGAAAUCUGCAGUUUGAAGAUGGAAAAAUGAUUCCUGCCUCUCAGUACUUUUCAGGGGGUGAGACAUCAGUGGUGGAGCUUACAGCUGAAGAGUUGAAGGUGGCAGAGACCAUCAAGGUCAUCUGGGCUGGAAUUUUAAGCAACAUCCCUGUUAUUGAAGACUCCACAGACUUCUUUAAAUCUGGAGCAAGAUCAAUGGAUGUUGUCAGGCUGGUUGAAGAGAUCAGACAGAAAUGUGGUGGGCUUCAGUUACAGAAUGAAGAUGUCUAUAUGGCCACCAAGUUUCAAGAAUUCAUCCAAAAGGUGGUGAGGAAACUGAGAGGAGAAGAUCAAGAGGCAGAGCUGGUGGUGGAUUAUGUUUCAAAGGAGGUCAAUGAAAUGACAGUAAAAAUGCCCUAUCAGUGUUUCAUAAAUGGACAGUUCAUAGAUGCAGAUGAUGGAAAGACUUACGACACUAUCAACCCCACAGAUGGAUCUACAAUAUGCAAAGUGGCCUAUGCUUCUUUGGUGGAUGUUGAUAAAGCUGUAGCAGCAGCAAAAGAUGCUUUUGAAAAUGGCGAAUGGGGAAGAAUGAAUGCAAGAGAAAGAGGAAGACUGAUGUACAGACUUGCAGACCUACUGGAAGAGAACCAAGAAGAGCUGGCAACCAUUGAAGCCCUUGAUUCAGGGGCUGUCUAUACCUUGGCUCUGAAGACUCACAUUGGAAUGUCUGUGCAAACAUUCAGAUAUUUUUCUGGCUGGUGUGAUAAAAUUCAGGGUUCUACAAUUCCCAUCAAUCAGGCCCGUCCAAAUCGCAAUCUGACCUUCACCAAGAAGGAGCCGCUUGGUGUCUGUGCCAUUAUCAUUCCCUGGAAUUACCCCCUGAUGAUGCUGGCAUGGAAGAGUGCUGCAUGUUUGGCAGCAGGCAAUACCUUAGUGCUCAAACCAGCACAGGUCACGCCCUUGACUGCUUUGAAGUUUGCAGAGCUCUCUGUGAAAGCAGGCUUUCCAAAAGGGGUAAUCAACAUCAUUCCAGGCUCAGGUGGCAUAGUAGGACAACACCUUUCUGAACACCCUGAUAUUCGCAAACUUGGUUUCACUGGUUCCACUGUUAUUGGCAAACAAAUCAUGAAGAGCUGUGCUGUGAGCAACUUGAAGAAAGUUUCCCUAGAGCUUGGUGGCAAAUCCCCACUUAUAAUAUUCAAUGACUGUGAACUUGACAAGGCCGUGCGAAUGGGCAUGGGAGCAGUAUUUUUCAACAAAGGAGAGAAUUGCAUUGCAGCUGGACGGUUGUUUGUGGAAGAAUCCAUCCACGAUGAGUUUGUAACGAGUGUGGUGGAAGAAAUUAAAAAGAUGAAAAUUGGUGAUCCACUUGACAGAUCUACUGAUCAUGGCCCCCAAAAUCAUAUGGCCCAUCUGGAAAAGCUGCUGCAAUACUGUGAAGCUGGAGUGAAAGAGGGGGCCACGUUGGUGUAUGGGGGAAGACAAGUCCAAAGGCCAGGCUUUUUUAUGGAACCAACUGUGUUCACAGAUGUGGAGGACCACAUGUACCUUGCAAAAGAGGAAUCCUUUGGGCCUAUUAUGGUCAUUUCUAAAUUCCAAAAUGGGGAUAUCGAUGGAGUAUUGCAGCGAGCAAAUAAUACAGAGUAUGGUUUGGCCUCAGGGGUUUUUACAAGAGACAUAAACAAAGCUAUGUAUGUGAGUGAAAAACUAGAAGCAGGAACUGUUUUUAUUAACACAUACAACAAGACCGAUGUGGCGGCCCCGUUUGGCGGAGUUAAGCAAUCUGGCUUUGGAAAAGAUUUAGGUGAGGAAGCUCUAAAUGAAUACCUCAAAACCAAGACGGUGACGCUGGAAUAUUAGGGCAAUGCCAUCAUCAGGAAACCUCGGCAGACAGCACCACUUCUCAGCUCGACACACUUAAGCAGCCUGGGUGUGCUGAGGAAGAGGUAUCAGCCAUGAACCAAAAAAUACCUACAUGGACCAUGAAGAGGUCAGGCCACGUGUCUAAGCAUUUACACACGUGCCUGAGUAUUUUCUUACACACCUUUUAUACAUUAAAAUGAUGUACAAUUGUUGGGUUUUGACUAUGUUGUAUAUCAUAGAGAUUUCUAAAAUACUAAGCUGCUUUUUCAUUACCAAGACUAAUCUAUUCGUGGUUGUCCAUCCUGAAAAUGUCAAUAUCACGCAGUUGUAAUACACAGGUGCAUUUUCUGGAACCUUUGUGUAAUAUGUAUAGGUUUUAACCUCUGAACCACAUAUAUGAACUUAUUAAAAAGAUUUUCUAU